CUGGAUCAUUAUCAUGAUAUUGCUGAUGUUUCAAUAUUAACUGGUUUAACACAAACACCAACAGCAAAUCCUGAUACAAUGCUUGGUGAAUUGUGUAUGAAUGUUGCGAUGACAUUGAGAAGUGGUGGAUGUGUUUUAAUACCUUGUUAUCCAUCUGGUGUUGUUCAUGAUUUAUUUGAAUCUUGGGCUGAUGGUUUUAGUAAUGAUUAUCGUCAACCAUGUGUUGUUUUUUGUGGUCAUCCAAGUUUACGUUUUGGUGAUGCUGUACAUUUUGUACAAUUAUGGGGUAAUAAUCCACAACAUCCAAUUAUAUUUACAGAACCAGAUUUUCCAUAUUUAGAUGCACUUGCACCAUUUCAACCACUUGCUAUGAAAGCUGUUCAUUGUCCAAUUGAUACAUCAUUAAAUUUUAUACAAGCUAAUAAAUUAAUAAGAGAUUUAAAACCAGAUAAUCUUGUUGUACCAGAAUGUUAUACACAGCCACCUUAUACAGCACCACAUAGAGUUGAUCUUGUUAUUGAUCCUGUUGGGGAAAAACCAUUGAUAACAUUUAAACGUGGUGAAGUUAUAAAAUUACCAUUAAAAAGAAAAAAAGGACGUGUUUUUAUUGAACCAGAACUAGCUGGUAAUAUUAUUCCAAGUGAAAUUAGACCUGGUUUAAGUCUUGCAUCUGUAACUGGUGAACUUGAAGUUAAAGACAAUGUUUAUACAAUUAAAUGUCUAGAUGAUAGACUUGGAUUAAAAAGAAAAGCACUUGAUUCAAUGAUAUUAGAUAAUAAUGAUCUUGCUAAUGGAAAAAAACAUGAAUAUGGUCAUAUUGAUCCACAAGAGCUUGUUAUUAAAUUAAGUCAAGAAGGAAUACCUGGUGCAAAAGUACAACACACUCCAACAUCAACAAAUAUUAUUUUUUUAAGAAUCAUAGAUGAUGAUACAAUUAUUCAACUUGGUGAUAAUUCAACUCAUAUUAUUUGCAAUCGUGAUCAACAUGUUCGUCGAAGAUUGAGAUCAAUUAUAAUGCAGUGCCUUAAACGUUUUUAA